AUGCAGCCGCCUCAGCUCAAACCUGCGCUAGCGGGUACCGCCGAUGUGACCCCGCCGGCUGCCUUUGCGGGGCCCAGCAUGACCUACGAUGUGAGCAGCGGCAAGUGCGAAAACUUAGACUCGAAUCCGUGCUCAUGCGAGGAGAGGGACGAGGGCGCCGGCACUUACUCGGCGGACUACCGCGUCCACCAACAGCGCCCUGGCGACAUGCACGACGCGACGCGGCGACGAUCUUCAUCGGUAGGGCAGCUCUCCGUUGUGCAGGUGCUGACAUCGGCUGCCCCGCUCUCCUCUCCUCCCCAGCCUAUGGCCGCGCGAACGCGUAGCAGCCGCUUGCCGCAUGUCGACAGCACCUCUGCGGAUCGCUCUGCGUCUGUAUCACUGCCGCCAGCCUAUCCAGAUCGAUUCAGCACCCAUGCUGUGGGCGACUGCCCAGCGCAUCAUGGCACUGGCUCCUCAUGGUGGUGCUGCGGCAACACCUGUGCGAAGUGCACAGGUGAAGCGAAUGGAAAGGUGCCGCCAGAGGGUGACGGCUGUAGCGAGCGCUUCUCGCCGCAUCGCGUCGGCUCAGCAUUGCUGAGCUCCACAGCGGAGACUGCACCUGGAUACAUGCUGACACUGAUCGGUGUUGUAACAGGGGUGCUGCUGUUCCUGCCAUGGUCAUCGAAUCCGGUGCACAUUGCACUGAUGGUGCUGUCGUCAGUGGUAGGGUGCGUGUGUGGCCUGCUCUACUGGAUUUCGGAACGGCGGUGGUACCGGCGGUGGCGGCGUGGCUUCUACGACGCAAGCGGCGCAGCAGCGGCUUCCUGCAGCGCCGGCAGUGCCUAUGGCUGGCACGUCGAGUCUGCCGCUGGCAGCGCUGCCCCGCGGUAUCACGACCACGACGCCGAUGAUGAGGUGAGAAGCGUUGAUAUGUGCUGCUGCGCUGGCUGCAUGGGCCACCUUAUUGAUCGCCAGCACUUCUGCGUUGUGCUGCCGACGGUUCAGCUGCUGCUGCUUGGCAUCUUUGUGCUGGUGUCACCCCAGGUGAUGGCAACGUGGACGGCCCCGAUGGCGUCAAGGACUGGCCGCGGCGGCGGUGCCAUCCUCGCCGACGGUGGAGCAGGACAUGAGGCUCGCUACGGGGCCACGCUUUAUCCUGUCGAGGCGGUAUGGAAGACUUGCCUGCUGCACGCGUGGAUUGGCAUGAGGUUUUCACUGCCGCUCCUCUGGAGCUUGCUGGUGGGCCUCGUGCACAUGGCGGUGCUGCUGGCGCAGUGCCAACACGCCGGCCCUGGCACGCUGCUCACGCUGGUGGUGUGGAUGAGCGUGCCGCUGCUCUGCUUCGCUUUUGCGAUGUGCAUCACCAAGCCCCGACCGGCAAUCGUGGAGGAACAGCAGCAGCACCGACUGCUGCGAGGCCUCGCCUCUGGUGGGGGAGCUGCUGGCUACUCAGCCAGCUACGGCGCUGGUGUGGGUGUGCCGCUGCCGCCUUUUGUGAACACCACCAUCGGCCGGGGCCGUGACGCGCUCGAGGCCACGUGCACUUCCGUGUCGUACUCCAGUCCUCCGACGGUGACACCAGCUGCUCCUGCCCCAGCCACGCAGUACAGUGCCCACCCAUCUCGCCGGGCGGUCCUCCCUCCGCCACCGGUCGCGGCGUACUCGCCUGCUUCAUACGCACAGAUGCUCUCCGCUGAAGGCAUCGUCGGCAGUUACCUUGCCAGGCUGAAGGUGGGCGAGUUCGGGAGUCUUGUACGCGGCGGCGGCGGCGGAGUGGGCAUGGCAGCUGCCCGGUACCCCCACGCCAACUACGGUGGCCUUGGCACGGCAGUGUUCAGCCGUUACGAGUCCGGACAGCGACUCAUUGCGCCGCAGCGGCCCUUGCGCCCACGCUACAAUGCCGCCGCACGAUCGCCGGCGCCGUGUGUGCAGCAGGGCGCGCUGCUGUCGGCGCCAGAAUUUCUCGACAGUGCGGGUGUGCCGCCGCGCGACGACCUCAUCGGCCUCGCGACCCCACGUGGCACGACCCUGCCUCCGCAGCACGGGCAAGCACGCAACCCGUCUGCACCCUUGUACUCUCCCAGUUCUCCUCGGGCAGUGCGCGAGGCGCGCUACGAGCCUGCCCAUCGCCCCAUCAGCACCACGGUUGAGGUGACGUAUCCCACGACAUCAGCAGCAGCGAUGCUCCCAUCGUCUGGAGACGGCACCCAUCCAUCUCUGUCACCCCCGCAGGCGUCGCGCCAGCUCGCUCCGCCCUCGCGCUUGUCUAUCGUCAGCAGCAGCACCCCUUCGACAAUGUUUGCAAGCAAUCUGGAGCCGGCGCCUCAACCGCGGCGGCAGCUGCGCAAGCACGUGCAGCAGGCGGCGGCUGGAGAGGUCGAGGAGGCCGGUGCGUUUCGUGACGACGCGGUCGACAGCGACGGCGCCGCGGCGGCGAUAGUGCCAGCAGACUCGUCGCAUCAGGAAACUCUGCAGCAUCGGCGAACAGGAUCGGCGGCCGCCGAGGGGCAGAGAACGUGGAGCGGGGUCGCCCCCACCGCCGCAGCCGCUAAGAGCAUGUCUGCAGCUGCGCUCGCGGCGGAUGAAGAGGGCUUCGCGAACGGCGUUGAUGUUUCUAAUUUUCCUGUCAACGGCCGCGGUGACGACGGAGAGGAGUGGGACGGCGAGCCACCCGUACCGGCUGGGGCCUCGCUGGAGGACGCGUGCGCGCCGUACCUUAUCCUCGACGCUGCCCUAGUCAUUGUGGACGUUGGCCCGUCCCUCUGUCAGCUUCUCGGCACCACCGUCGACGCUAUCUUGUUCCGCCGGCUGCCGGACGUGCUCGCGUGGCUCGAUGUUGUGGAGCGGGAGAAGGCGGUGAUGCUGGUGAGCGCUGUCGCGCGGCCCCUGCGCACCGCAGCCGCCGCAGGGCGAGGCGAGAAGUGCGGCGCAGGUGCCCACCCUACCAGGGACGAGAAGGCGAAGAAGAAGAGCAUGAAAGGGCGUCACAGCGGCGCCCAGGACGGCAUGCAAGAGAAUCAUCACGACACGAACGAGAACCGCAACGCGCCAUCGGGGGCGGCGAAGCAGCUCCCAAAACCGUCGGAGAAGGAGGUGCGCGACAACGUCGUCGAGGGGGCGCCUGUGCGGCGGAUCACGCUGCGGGGACACUGCCCUUACUACGUAAAGGCUAGCGGCAGCACGAGGGAGAGCAGCGCCGGUCGAUGCAGCCGACGGCCGCCGUUCGCUCUUUGCUUCGACGUCUGGGCGGAGCGUCUCGCCGCACCAGCACCCUGCGCUGCCGGCUCUUGGCGGAAGCACAGGUCCUCGGCGGUGGGUGGCGGCCAGCCGGUGCCGACACCCUUCGUGAUCAUCCUUCGGCGUCCUUUAUUGCAUGGCUUGUGCGAUGCGCUGCCGCUGCCUGUUGCACUGGUGCACCCCCGAACGGGAGAGGUGCUGUGCUGGAAUCGCUACGCCGCGCGGCUGACGGGGUGCACCGCUUAUGACAUGCUGGGGACGCCUGCGUACAGCAGUUUCGUGUACGAGGGAUUGCCCGGUGCUGCCACGACGGCGGCAAGCCAGGGAGGCUUCUCAAGCACUGGCCGCCAUCUCCUGCCGCCGCCGCCAUCGCCGAGUGAGGAGUUCGCGUCCUCCGCGCAUCGGCGACAGCGAUCACCCAACACGGCUGCGCUGUCCGCGGCGGCAGCGGUCGGCACCGUGCCCGAUGGCGAGGUCGCCUCGAAUGGCUUUGCGCCUCCGCCUGUCAAGUCAACGUCGCCCACUACCGCGGUGCUGCUGCUCUCCUCACAACAGACAGCGUCGACAGCCUUCUCUCCCCUCCACAACGCUCGGCUGCAGCGGCAGCACGGCGGCGCCGGUAGCCCAACCUUCGUAGACCAGGCAUCACCGCCGCCGCACGCGGCUGGCCUCUAUGGUACUUUCACCGUUGCGGCCUCGCAGCAGCAUCGCGACACUCCGCUUCCUGGCUUCUUUUACGUGCCCUGCACACGUGCUGCGGCUGCGUUGGCGGACGUGCCGCUCUCCGCUGCUGGCCACAGCGGGGAGCUUGCAACGACGAGCGCUAGUGGUGGUGGCGGCGCUCGACCAAGCAGCGCCUCGAGCACUAGCGGCGGGCCGCACCAGAUCUCGUCUUUGCAGCUGCCUUGGUCGCUGGCCGGCCGUGUCGGUACUGCAGCAGCAGCUUCCGGGCACGCAGAUCGACUGUCCUCGCAGCUGAGCACCGCCUCACAGUCUCCUCUUUCCUUCGGAGUCGAUGGCGGUGGUGGCGGCAACAAGAACAGCACCAGCGGCGUAGCAGUGGGUGUGCGCUGUCCUCGCCCACCACCGCCACCGCCCCUCGCGGCAGGACUUGAGCGUGGGACCGACCCCUACGCCGAGGCCGGAGUCGCCACCGCCUUUGAGACAGACGGGGACAAGGAGGCGCAGGGAGACGGCGACGAGGAUGUGAUGGCGGCACCGUACUGCUCUUCACCUGUCAUGGUGCAUGGACUGCUGUUUCGCGCCACCUUGCGACCACUGCGCGGCGUUUUGUGCAGCGAGGAGGGUGGCGUAGUCGAGAACCAGCUCGGCGGGCCGCUGCGGACGAGCGCUAGCGCCGUGGAAGGCAAGCACACCGGCGGCUGUGGCGCGGAAGGAAACCCCUUCUUCAAUCAGCCGCCGCGUGCGGCGGUGGAAGGAGAGGACGCAGAGGAAGGGCAAGCGCUCGCUCGGAAGAACACGCAGGCCUAUGACGACGACAAGAGCGGCGACGACAACAGCGGUGAAGCAUUGCUGUCAGAGCGGCAGCCGCAUCACCGAGACCACCGUCUACACCGCACUGCCGCAGGUGCACGCAUGCGGAGCAGCGAGUGUCAGAAAGACAGCGGCGCCGAAGACCAGUCGGUCAUGGACGACGACGAUGAUGACGAUACUCCCUUCGACGAGGACGACCUCCCGAAGGCGAUGGCCGGGACGAUGAGCGGCGGACCGACGCUCGCGGCGACGCUAGAGCAGCUCUUCGCGACCAAGGCGAUGGCGUGCAACUUCGGGUUGGACAAGGAGUCCGCAGCAGGUCCACGUUGCAGUGCGGCAUCGACCGUGACAACGACGGCGACCGCGGCCUCUGGAGCGCUGCUAAGCUCCGAGCUGCUGCCUCAGUACAGCCUCCGUGAGGCACUGAAGCAGCUUGCCGCAAGUGAGUCACCUCUCUUGCUCACAUUUUCCGAGCCCCCCGUCUAUGCCACCGCGUGUGCAAGUGCCGAGGCGUUGCUGCAGGAGCGACGGUUAAGCCACCGCCGCGUAAGCAGCGCUUCCCUGGACGAGCACGGCCACUCGGGCGUGCUCACGCACGCGAAUGACAACGGCGUUGCUGCGGCGGCCAGCGGCGGUGGCUGCACCAGCGGGGUGCCGGAGAGUUACCUCGGCACCCCGCUGGUGCCUUUUCUUCGCCGGCAGCGCCCGCAGGUGCCGGCGUUGUGGGGUGACGGUUCAGCCAGCCUCAAGUUCGUGGCGGCCGUGAAGGAGGCGGUGGAUUCGUACCGGGAAAGCAUCGAGGAAGAUUCGAGCGGCUACACGGACCUCCUCGGCCUUCUCUCACUCAGCGGUGGCAACGACGGUUGCUGCCCCAGCAGCGGCUAUGCGGCGCGUAACUCGGCGUCCUCUCUGACGCCCACAUCCUUCGGCGGUGCUCCGGAUGCCGCCGUGACGACUGCCAUCACCGCCGACGCGGUGCGGCAGCUGCGCCUCCUCAAGUCCCUCUCUGAUCACCUGCUGCAGGCGACGGCCGCGUACAACCGCACGCGUCAGUCGAUGAGUUUCGCCACGUACGGGCUCAGCGGCGGCGAUGGCGGCGGCGGCGGUGUUGCCGCGCGCGUGUCCCCCUCCUCCUCCGCCUCCUCCCCCCCAUCACUCUUACUGGGGCUCUUUGCAGCCCCUUCCGUGCCGGACGCCGACGCUGCACACGAACGCCACCUUCACGCGCGUCGCCCCCGCUCCGCCAAAACGCCGUCGCCGUACAAGGACCGCCCUGCCGGCGGGCCGCUGGGAGUCUCUGUGCACCAGUCCCCGUUCCAGCCACCGCCGCCGCCUCCACAGCUCGCUUUCACCGCCGAGGAACCGGGGGGCGCGCAUCGGCGCCUACAAGGCGACGGCUCACACUGGCGUCAGCCGGGUGAGCCAGCAGCGAGUGCGAGCACGGGCGGCAGUGGGGCACAUACGGGCAUCUACCGUGACCCCAACAGCACGCCGUUCUCCGUUGCAUCGGAGGAUGUCACCGGUGUGGCCCCCAGCGCCGUCGGCGAUAGCAGAAACUGGGCGCUGAAGGAACCACCGCCGCCGCCACAUCGCGGCGCCACACGCCCCAGGGGCAGCGGUGGGAGGAGAGACAUACAGGAUGGCGGCGUGUCUCCCGUCAAAUCGCGGCCACGCCAUGCAGCGAAGUCGUCUACGGCAAGCGCGCCGCUGAAGGCGAGCAGGGGCAGGCAUACUGGUGCCCGUCACGGCCGCCGAGGCGGCGCCGGCGCCUCUACCCCAGCCCCCAGCCCGCCACUCGUGCCAUUGGACGCGGCGGUGGACGUAACGAAGGAGCUGCGCAGCUUUGGUUACAUGGCGGAGAUCAGCGGCAGCACGCCGCCUUCUGCCUCGCCUUGCGGUGGCGGAGGGUCGGGUCGCACCGCUGCCGCCGCCCCUGCCGCGAUGUCUUCCUUGAACGCCAGCACAUUAGUGGCGGCGGGGUCGGAACCGGCGAUGUCUACCCCUCGCCCGCACGCCACGGGUACCGGCGCCUCUGCCCUCGAUGUGGCAACGCCGCAGACGGAGUUGCACCCCUCUCCGCGGCGCUGCGACACCGUUGUGACCUCCGGCGAAGGCGAGGCGAGCGGUGGCGGUGGCGGAGCGGGCGAAGACGCUGCCGCUGCGGGAGGCGUUGCCAGCCGCUUGGCGACUUCGCCGCGUUACAGGGGCAGCCUCUUGCUGAGUCCAUCCUUGGCCACAGCGGAGAUGGGGGAGCUGGAGGCCAGCUACGGCACCGAGUCGCGCCACCAGCAGCCGCAGCAUCGUAGCAGUCCCAACAUCAUUUCUGGUGCUGGCAGUGGCAGUGGCGCCACCGCAGCCAUGCGAGAUGCGUCGCCGCGGCGUUGCUCCAGCGCCGUGUACAGGCGGGAGAGCUCGCUCGACGUGCUGCCAAGCGCGCCGGUUGGCAGCGGCAGCUUCCGUGGCAACGGCGGACUCGUGCCAUCGAGCAGCAGCGUGUCACUGUCGGCGGGUGCGGGCGCGGGAGGGCAGGGGACAGGCUCGCCGUCGCCGCAUCCGGCCCGGACUGGCAGCGGUAGCCUCAACGCCAACGCUACUGCCACUGCGGCUGCCACCGCCGCGGUGCGGUCGACACCGCGGCGGCCCGGCGAGGGCGCCGUCUGGGCAGUUCUUGUUUCACGUGAUGAGGCGACGAUUCCGUCGUGCUGCAUCAGCGUCAAUCUCGGGGAUGAAUUUCGGCUCGGCCGCAGCAGCAAGUGCACGGCUGUCGUGUCGGACAGUUUUGUGAGCAGCACGCAGUUCUCCAUUGUGCGAACCGUGUCAGCGUCGACAACGGCGCAGGACUUGUGUCCCGGCAGCGGCCGCAGCGAGCGAGGCUCGCGUCGAAGCAAGGCUUUCACGGUUACUCUGUACGACCGCAGCGCCAACGGCACGUACGUCAACGUGAAGAAGCUUGGCAAGGACAAGAGCUGUGUACUGCGCGAUAAGGCUCUCAUCACGUUCCGCCUCAGCACCUCGCAGUUCUUCUUGGGCUUCGUCUUUAUGCUGACUGACGAGCGUGGCGUGCCGCUGGACGACCGCACUGGCAUGGGGGGUGGCAGCGGGCUGCGCAGUUUGCUCGACGCACGGCUCUCACCGCAACCGCAGACAGGGCGGCGAACCAACGCCUCGUCGGCCGGCGGUGGCGGCAAGGAGAGCAGCAGUAGCCAGAACACGGUCAUGGCCUCGCCCACCGCCCUCUCCACUAGCGCCGCCCGCCGCAACACCCCACGCGCGGUCUCCACCCCGGACAACUCGAGCUUCGCGAGCGGCACCCCGAACGGCUCGCGGCGCGCCGGCGGUGGGGCCCCGCGCAGCAGCCGCCACGCUCAUCGCGAGACCAUCGAGUGGAAGAUUGGCGAGGAAAUGCUCGGCAAGGGCGGCAACGCAGAGGUGUACCUUGGCAUCAACCUGACCAACGGCCAGCUGAUUGCGGUGAAGCGGGUGCGGCUGCCGACGUUUGCCCACGGCAGCGACGCCGAGCAGGACCCGGAGGCGAAGGCGAUCCUGCAGCAGUACCGCUCUCUCCAGGAGGAGAUCAGCGUCUUGUCCAAGGCGACGCACCCGAACAUUGUGCAGUACUACGGCUCCUCGCAAAACAGUGCGUACUUCAACAUUCUGCUGGAGUUCGUGCCAGGCGGAUCGCUGCGGCACCUGCUCGACAACUUCGGCGCCCUGAGCCCUGGGGUCAUCCUCUCCUACGUGCAUCAGGCUCUCGAGGGGCUGGCGUAUCUGCACCGGCACAACAUCGUCCACAGCGACUUCAAGGCAGCGAACAUCCUCAUCACAGAGAAGGGCAAGGUGAAGCUGACUGACUUCGGCACCGCGCGGCUGCUGAACCGACCGCAUGCCACCGCCGCCCGCGGAGGCGGUGGGGAGGCGCAAAGUGUGACCUCGCGCACUACCCCUGGGCAGCGCAAGGACGACGUUGUUUCUGCUGGCGCCGGAGGCACGUUGCACAUCGCCGGCACCCUGCGCUGGAUGGAUCCGGCCCUCUUCCACAACCCCCACUCGAGCGGCGCCGCCGACGUCACGGCUGCCGUCGCGGCGAAGGACUCGUCCAACAAGCUCGGCGGCCCGACGAAGGCAGGCGAUAUUUGGUCCGUCGGCUGCACGAUGAUUGAAAUGAUGUCAGGGGAGGCGCCAUGGUUCGAGUACGACUUUGAGAGCGAGGAGCAGAUCGUGAACCUGCUCACCUACACAGCGGAGCCGCCGGAGAUACCCGAGUGCCCGGAGUGUCCUGACUUGGUGACUAUCGCGCAGACGUGUCUCAAGAUGGACCCAGCGCAGCGCCCCACAUGCGAGGAGCUCCUCCGCAUUGUCGAGGAGGCGACGGCACGACUGCAGGCGCAAUCGACGAGUCCGUCAGUGAGCCCGUCGCGCGAGGUGUCGCAGCUGCAGCCUGCAGCCCGGGGCUCUGUGUCAGGCACCGGUACGGGUGUGCGGUCCAACAGCACUCUGUUGUGUCCUCAAACGGAACCUGGCACGAGCCAUGCAUUCGCGUCACUCGCGGCCAACCCGGCGGCGGCCGCCUCCGGCCCAGGGACGGACGACCGCCGCCGGGCAGAGCGUGUCGGUCGCCCGAGCGACUCCACGCCGCUUUCAUUGGCCGUUGGCGGCGACGGAGGCAGCCCCGCUCCGCUGUCUGCCCGCGACGCCGCCUCCUCCACGGCGCUCUAG